AAAGCCAAAAUUCCAAUCAAAUCUUUUUCUGGCAUUUUGAAAUCUCUGUUCCCAAAGGCUUCCCUUUAAGUGGGCUGGGGGAGCUACCAACUAUCUAAGGAAACUGGGGGGGCCUCUAUAAUGUCUUUAAUGCAUUGUUCUCAUGAGCAGGUACUCAUUGAGGGUAUCUUCCUGGCACAUGCUCUGUGAAGACUCCCUGCAUACGGCAUGCAGCCAAGGAUAAGGAAACCAAUGAACAUGCCAACAUAAGAGCUAUUAUUUCAUUGGUUUGUAUGGAGACAUUGCCAUUAAGAAAGGCACUGUCCCAUGAUUGGUCCCUGACCCAGUAUGAGCUGACAUUUGUUCUUGAAAUCCUUCAUGCAGCCCUGUCACAAACUUCCUUCCAAAAGCGCUUGCACAGUCUAGAUUCAUUUAAGAUCAAUUCAAGCAUGUAAAGUCGUCUGAGGAAAUAAGUCCCACAUCCCAAGAGCCCGGCUAAGAAGGGCCACAUGUGCGAACAGGUGUACCACUUCACUGAGCAGGAAUCUGGAAAUGUCAAGCGUUAGAACCACUCCAACUCAACCUGGCCCGCCGUCACACUUCUGGCCUGUGUCAAUAAACGCCUCGCAAGGAUGGGAAUUGAGAAAUUCUCGGCAUGAAUUCAGAAUUAGUGGAGACAAGAUCAGCACUUUCUCUUUUUAAAGAGACUACUUGGGGAGAGGGGUUUCUCUUGCCAGCUUUUAAAAAGUUAAAAAAAAAAACAAACAAAAAACAAGUAUGUGUGAUUCUAAGAAAGCAUUCAUUCAAAAGGUUUCCAUCCCUUACAUAACAGUUCACAGCGUACUUGUCUUAACAUCCAUGAAGUCUAAGCUCUUUCAGGUUGGAUCGCGUCCCCUCUCGAAAGAGUAGGACGCACCAGGCACCAGGCUGUUUUCCUUGUCAUUAUCAGAGUAAAUUCCAUUCCUUUGCAAAUGAGAAACGGAACACCACAAACUUGGCCAGGGCAGACCCUUUCAACUCUACCCCUCCCAGAAGGGCUCUCUGUGUUCUGCAACCUAUCUGCCAGCUCUGAGACAAGAGAAAACAAUACUUUCGGUUACAACAACUUGUAUCCAGGAAAAAAGGAAAAAAAAAAGGCCGUCUGUAACAUAGCAGCCCGAGGAAAGUUUACUAGCUUUAGCCAAUCAGAGGCUGGGGAACUCAGCCAAGUUAACAUGUUUCUCUCCGCCUCUAAAUGAACUCAUGAUUGAAAUAUGGCAUUGAACUUGUUUUAAAAAGGGAAGGGGUGUAGGAAAGGAAAGCCAAUGCAGUGAAGAGCUCGGACUUGUGGGGAAUGUGGUUAGGAAGUGUGUGCUUGUCGCUGAACCCAGAGUGGGUCCUGUAACCUUUGCCUCCCACUGGGCGGAGUAGGGCCUUUAAGAGCAGCUGGAAUGCAGUUCCCCUGAUCAGCUUAGCCAGUUAUUCCCUGUCUGAACCUCUGCUAGCCCUAGAGAACAGAGCUCACUUCAGACCAAAGGGCCUCCUGCGCUGUUCCCCACAGCCCACUUCUUGCCUGAGCAAGAAACUUCCAGCGAGGAAGUAGGUUCCCAUCUGUCCAGCCAUGGGAGAGGACGCCGCACAAGCUGAAAAGUUUCAGCACCCAAAUGCUGACAUGCUCCAGGAGAAGCCAUCCAGCCCCAGCCCAAUGCCUUCCUCCACACCGAGCCCCAGCCUGAACCUGGGGUCCACCGACGAGGCCAUCCGGGACAACUCGCAGGUGAAUGCUGUCACCGUACACACACUCCUGGAUAAGCUAGUCAACAUGCUGGACACCGUGCGGGAGAACCAGCACAACAUGGAGCAGCGGCAGAUCAACCUGGAGGGCUCGGUGAAGGGCAUCCAGAACGACCUCACCAAGCUCUCCAAGUACCAGGCCUCCACCAGCAACACCGUGAACAAGCUGCUGGAGAAAUCUCGCAAGGUCAGCGCUCACACACGUGCCGUCCGGGAGCGCCUGGAGAAGCAGUGUGUACAGGUGAAGAGGCUUGAGAACAACCAUGCCCAGCUCCUCCGACGCAACCACUUCAAAGUGCUCAUCUUCCAGGAAGAAAGUGAGAUCCCUGCCAGCGUGUUUGUGAAGGAGCCGGUUCCUGGCCCUGCAGAAGGCAAAGAGGAGCUUGCUGACGAGAACAAGUCCCUGGAGGACACGCUGCACAACGUGGACCUCUCCUCCGAGGACGAAUUGCCCUGUGAUGAGGAAGCCCUGGAAGACAGCGCAGAGGAGAAGGCCGAAGAAAGCAGGGCAGAGAAAAUAAAGAGGUCCAGCCUGAGGAAAGUGGAUAGCCUCAAGAAAGCCUUCUCUCGCCAGAACAUCGAGAAAAAGAUGAACAAGCUGGGGACAAAGAUCGUAUCUGUGGAGAGGAGAGAAAAGAUUAAGAAAUCGUUGACACCGAACCACCAGAAAGCAUCUUCAGGGAAAAGCUCCCCCUUCAAGGUUUCUCCACUCUCCUUUGGUAGGAAGAAAGUCCGAGAAGGAGAAAGCCCUGCGGAAAACGAGAUCAAGUUAGAAGACCAGCAGCCUGACCGUGAGGAGGGCUCCUUCACCGAGGGUCUUUCCGAAGCAUCCCUCCCUGGCGGCCUGGCGGAGAGGAGCGCAGAAGAUGCUGAGAAGCCAGCCUUGAAAGGGAGCAGCUCCGGCGUGGACAGCAACGCCGACCUGACCAUCGUGGAAGAUGAAGAAGAGGAGUCGGUGAGCCUGCAGCAGGCGCAGCAGGCGCGCUAUGAGAGCGGCUACAUGAUCAGCUCCGAGGAGAUGGAAGGAUCCGGUGAGAAACAGGGCCAGGUCCAGCCGGCUGUGCUGCACGUGGACCAGACUGCCUGAAUGCGCAGCCAGAACCCUGGUCCAGCUGCAGAAGCCAGCGCUGGCUCAGGGGCAUCGAUCAGCACCCCGGAAACCACCUCUGCACCUCUCCAUCUCUGCCUGCCCUCGCACUGUGACUGUCCAGGCCAUAUUGACUGGUCAUAUAGUACCCUCAGAUAUACAUGGGAUCAAGGAAGCAAACUGCCAGGGAUUCCACUUUUAAUUUGCUCUUAGGUUCUGUUUCUGCAGAAUUUCUCCAAGAUUGAAAGGAGAAAGAAAUAAAGCAGUUAAAAGUCACCAAUCUAUUUGGCUUAGUCAGAAAAACCAAAGGAUAUUUAAGAGAGUAGUCAUGAAAUGUAUUUUGUGUGUAUUCUAUCAGCUUGCUGAAUAGUGUAGCAGUCAUGUAGUGAAUUCUUACCGUAUUCUAUGAAUGAUUAUUCUUCAAAUAGGUGAUAUAGAAUAACACUAGUCUGUAAGCUGAGGAUAUAACUCCGUAUUUUAAGAAAAAAAAAUAUUUACAAAAGAUAGAGCAGAAUGCUCAGCUGAUUAUUCUCUUCUAGAAACCGUUGUUUAUUACAAGCGGGAGGACUGGAAGGCUGUGAUGGUCAGGUAAGGGCAGGGGGACGAUUAAGCUGGAAAACUAGAGUGAAUCGAUUGGAAAACGAGAGAAAUGAAAAGCAAAGAAGGCCAAAAGGAAUGGUGACAGAGAGGAAAAGGUGCUUAGACAGUGAAACGUUGGCGUUUCAAAUCUGCUUUGCUCUUUAAACGACAAUACUAAAGAAGCUCAUCUAUCCUGCAAAAAUGUGUCUUAUCUUCCCAAUAUUUUCGUAGUCUAGUAUUAAAUAAUAUGACCAGAUAUUCUGGUGUAAACGUUGUGGUUCUUCUUGCUAAGUAAAUGGCAGUACACACCCUUUUGUGAAGAAGUUAAAAAGGAUGUUGUCUCUUUAACAUUGGAAUAAUGUAAGGCUGUAAUAAGUAGCAUGUACUGUUUAAUGGGAAGACCAGUCACACAAUUCUUUAAUAUUUUUCCAUUUGGAAGUGACCUUUCCACUCCAAUUAUAAUAUAGGUUUAUAAGGUAUUCAAACCUGCAUGUUUAGGAAGAGAAAAUUCCAGUUUUCCUUUUUUUAUACAUAAUGGUAACAUCAUUCCAAGUAAUAUUUUAUGUAUAAAUUAACUUCACAGGAUAUUGAUGUGUUUUAGCUUCUAAAAGCACGCUAGUAUUUUAUGUCAUGUGUAUGUUCAUUCUGUCUAACAUACUAAAAGGUUGCUUCAUCUGUUUUUCAUCACAAAAAUGCCAAUGUUUUGCUAAAUUACAGUGUACAGAUGGGAGACCCAGGGCUUGAAUUCUCUCCUCUGAAUGUGGAGUACCACAAGGGAUCUGACACGCAGAGGUGACUCCAAGCAGCAGGCACAGCUGUACACUGACUUUAAGAAAAAGGAUGGGGUAAAUACAGUGUGUAGAUGAUAUAACCUAUUUAGCUAUGUUCCUGUGCUGCAAUCAUGUAGCCCCAAAUACUGAAUUGUUUGACUAACAAUGCCUGUGUGAAAUAAGACUAAAUAAACCAAAAAUAAGAAGUAUA